AUGUUGCUGGGUUUCCGGAGGUUUUUUUGUGUGUGUUGGAGCUGGUGUUGCAGCAAGGCAAGAGGCGAAGUGUGGGAUCUGGAAAAGCGGCGGGAUCGGGGGUCCGCAGCUCUCCGUGCAUAAUCCCCUUGGAGCAACAUGCACAGGAAACAUCUCCAAGAAAUUCCAGAUUCCGGUAGCAACGUCAACACAGGUUUCGCAUGGGGAUGGCAUUCCAGCAAGACUUCGGAACUGCUCUCAGGCAUGGGGGUAUCUGUCCUCAAAGAUAGGUUAGGCAAUGAGAAUACUCCCCAAGAGCUGCUGAUAAGUGUGAGCCCACCAGCCAAGCGACAAAAAGUGAAGGACACAGAAUUUGUGAUCGCUCGCCGACCUAGAUUGCUCCGAGAGGCAGCAACAGGUAUUUCUUGGGAUACUUUGCCUGAUGAACUGCUGUUAGGAAUCUUUUCAUACCUAUCAUUGACUGACCUGCUAAAAAUAGCUCAAGUUUGCCGGAGGUGGCACAGACUUUCGUUGGAUGAGUCACUUUGGCAGACUCUUGAUCUUGCUGGAAAAAAUCUGCUACCUGGGGUGAUUGGUCAAUUGCUGCCAUUGGGUAUAACAGCCUUCCGUUGUCCCAGGUCCUGCAUUGGGGACCCUUUGUUUAAAACAAGCAGACCUCUUCGAGUGCAACAUAUGGAUUUAUCCAAUUGUACAAUAAAAGUUGCAGAUCUCCAAAGUAUUCUUAGCAGGUGCCAGAGUCUACAAAACCUCAGCUUAGAAGGGCUAAUACUUUCUGAUGACAUAAUUAAAAGUAUAGCACAGAACUCCAGCUUCGUGCGACUUAACCUCUCUGGGUGCUCUGGGUUCUCUGCAGAAACUUUGGCAGUGAUGUUGAACAGCUGUCCCAGGUUGCAAGAGCUGAACUUGGCCUGGUGUGACUUCACAGUUGAUCAUGUAAAAGCAGCAGUUAACCAUAUUCCCUCACAGAUAAAACAACUAAACUUCAGUGGAUACAGACAAAAUCUGCUGAUGUCAGAUAUCAAAACAUUACUGGAGAGGUGCAGUAGUGUAAUCCAUUUAGAUUUAAGUGACAGUGUUAUGUUGAAGCCCGAUUGCUUUCAGUAUUUCCACCAGCUCCCUUACCUUGAACAUUUGGGUCUUAGUCGAUGUUAUCAGAUAUCACCAGCAGCCUUACUGGAACUUGGUGAAAUACCUACACUGAAAACGCUCCAAGUUUUUGGAAUAGUAACCACAACGUCACUACAGCUGCUAAAGGCAACACUUCCUCACAUAAAGAUCAACUCCUCACAAUUCACAACUAUUGCAAGGCCCACCUUUGGCUGCAAGAAGAACCAGAUUUGGGGGAUUCAAUGUAGAUUAAGCUUGAAAAAUCCAGUUAGCUUCUAAUGUGGCAUGAAGACUUUUUCAGCUGCUAGCAACAGCUGUGAUGGCACUGCAAAACCUGGACUGUGGAGUUCUUCCAAAGUAGUGUUUUAGCUUCACAAAUUGCAGUGAAGUCUACUACUGCUUAAACUGAGAUGGUUAACGUAUGGACAAGUGGCAUCAAGUGCCUUACAUCACUUGAUUUUUCUACACCAAAUGCAUUUUUACCGAAAUCUAUAAAAGGCAUGCUAAUCAUGUAUAAAUAGUUAUUGCUUAAGUGGUAUGUCUCCACCCAAUUUCUGGAAAUGUUAUUUAAAGGCAUUGUAAGUAAUUUUUAGAUAAUAAAACUACAUUUUAAUAUACUGUU